AUGCCUAUGCCAGACUCUUUGCAACGCGCGCAAGCGAGUUCCGAGCAAAAUCAGCGUCAAGGCAGCAAGACUGUCACGGGAGAUGUUCAGCCGAAGAUGCAUCAUCUACCUGCGGAUGAUAACUGUCGGGACCUAAUCUGGCCAGGUCUGUUGGUGUAUGAUGUGCCUUACAUGCUGCGGAGCGUGGAGUUCGAGGCUGCACGGAAUGAUCAUGGCUGGCUUUUGAUACUGGAAACGGCCGUCCGAGGAGGAGUAUCAUUACCUGUACUGCAGUCGGUGAGCAGCACGACAGGACAGCAGGUAACACUUGAAGGAAUUGAAGAGGUGAAGUUGGUAUUGUCGUCCCGAUGGCGGAAGGCUGAGAUCCACUCUGCUCCAAAUUUGGCUCACGCUUCCCUCAAUCUGGCCAAGGACUUCAGCGACAUCGCACCUAAUUUCCCAGCUUUAAACACAGCAUUGUCUGUCCCUUUCUGGAUCAGUAUAAUCGUUUCGAGAACGAAGGUUUGGGCCAACGCGCACGAGCAGAAAUCUGGUCUAACCACAGCCUUUCCGCGGCGUUAUAGCCGACUCUCAACUCUACUUCGAGCUCGAAAAGACACUUUUGAUAAUAACAACGACGAAGGGAUUGCGGUGCCGGAGCGUGUAUACGCACGCGGUAAGGACUUGCUCAGCCUACACGGCCUUAUCUGGAACUUGUCUUUGGCUUCAGUAGAGUCGCGAAUUCGGCAGGCCUCAGCACGGGUCGCCAGCCCCAAAGAAGAAGUCGGCAUUUGUCAUUCUCUGAAUGCUGCAUCCAUCCUUGGCUGGAUUGAGGCGGUCGGCACCGUACUGACAAUGAUUUCGGAGAAAUUCAUGAACGCCAGAAGCUCACGCGGUCGUCCGAGGGUAUUUACAGUCGGGAUCGACCGGCCACCGAAUUCAACAGAAACUUGCGCACUUGGCCAGUUCUCGCUUAACAAGGCAUAUCACACUUGCAAUUGGACAAUAUCCAAGUUGACCGGUAUUCUUCAAGGGUCUAGCUUCCCCGAAAAACAGGGAGUGCUGCUGUAUAUCACUCUGUCGGCACUGCCGAAACUUCGUCCUCACUUUGGGUGCACAUCUACCUUACCCCCGACUCCCGCGAACUCAACAAGACCAGCGUUGAGAACGCUGCUUAAGCCGGCAGUGCACCCAAACGCAAGAGCCGAGAGGAUGAUUGAGUGCAGAGACAGUCUCACUUCUGAGCUCGGAAGUCUAACCGGACGUCAACGGCCUGGUGACCAGCAUGCUGACCUCAUAGCCGCGACUUGCCUGUAUCAACGUGGAAAGUCUUGGUCUCGCAACUUGCCAAUCUUGUCGAAGCUCGCGAGUCGCUUCCUAGCCUCUCUGUUGGAAUUUAGAGUGGCUUUACCUUGGAGUCGGGGGGUUCAGAUGCUAUACAAACCUGUCUGCCAAUCCACCGUGUUGUUUGCCUCGUUUUCCAUCGACGGUCCAAGCCGCGGCGUGCCCAUUUUAGGGGGUAACGUAUGCAAGGAGGCUUUCGUGAUGCUACCCACCUCGUUAGCGCGGUAG